UUUCCAUAGUCAUUAAUGCAUUGGAAACACUAGUUGCGAUCGCGAGCGCGCAAACUGAAAACACAUGCGCAAGCGACUGGUGGAGGCCCUCCGAUAAGUGGAAUGACUCCAUUCGAGGAGCAAGCCAUAACAACAUUUGGGGCAGCAGCGGUAGAUGGAUUGCCGGGUGUUGCGACUUUGGGUCAUCAGGUUUUGCCGUUGUAUAUAAAUACACUUGAAGCUCCAGCUUCCUCGCCAACACCAACAGUCGCAUCGCCUGCUCCUGCACCCUCACUAGCAGUCGCAUCGCCUGCUUUAGCGCCAACACCAACAGUCGCAUCGCCUGUUCCAGCAUCUUCACUAGUCACAUCGCCUGCUCCAGCUUUUCCUGCUUUAUCAAUCAAUUUUUCUUCCUCGCCAUCACCUCAUUUUUCUUCUUCACCAUCACCUCCAUCUUCUUCCUUAUCUCCUCCCAUAUUAUCUUCUUCUAUGCCAUCGCCUUCUUAUAUCCCUACCGAAAAAUUUACUGCAGCGAAGAUGCUUGGAACAGUGUUAAAAAAGGGAGGAGGAGGCCAUUGCUCUACAAAUGCAAAUUGUAGAGCAAAAGGCGCAGAUGACAGGGGUGCUGACUCAAAUGACACAGGCACUAACCUCGCUGUCAGAGGUUAUGGCUAAGUUGUCCCAAAAAUUGGAUAAAUAAUAAUAAAAAUGUAAAAAAUGAAAUAAAAAUGUAAAAAAUUAAAUAAAAAUGUAAAAAAUGAAAUAAAAAUGUAAAAAAUUAAAUAAAAAU